ACGGGCUUACCGCUCGACGAUCUCCCGCUUGCAUUCCAGCAAGCGAUCAUGAUUUGUGCGUCGCUGGGGUUUGAGUACAUGUGGAUCGACAGCCUAUGCAUUCUCCAAGACAGCUACAAAGACUGGCAGGUGCAGAGCGCUGUAAUGGGAGACGUCUACAAGUAUGCGUGUUUGAAUGUUGCCGUUCUUUGUAUUGAGGUGCUAACGAGUGGCUAUAUAGUGAAGAGAGACCAGGGGUUGCAGGCAGCAACGGUGACAAAACAACAGGUGAACCUUGUCCAGCUGAGAAGUGAACCCUGGACUAAUGAGUCAAACGCACCGCUUUUAAAGCGAGCGUGGGUGUUUCAAGAAUGCUGUCUUGCGCGGCGCACCCUCGCCUUUGCUAACAAUAUUGUGUAUUGGGCCUGGAUACUGCAUUCUGUACAAGAAACCGCCGCGACGCUCGCAGUUGGAGCUGCUGGAAGCGGAGUGGCACUAGAGCAAACAAAGAUACCAAAAGAGCAGUUGGAGGAGUUGAUCAAGGCCUUCGAUAUUGGCUGGCAGUCUUACGUGACGGACUACACACUGUACAAACUGACGAAGCACACUGACAAGCUCAUCGCAUUUUCAGCCGUUGCGCGGGAGAUGGCCAAUACGCAGAUUAUGGGGAAGAGAAGAUACCUCGCGGGGCUAUGGGAUGUGAAUUUGCCAUUCCAGAUGGCGUGGAUUACCGUCGAAGGCCAAACUACUCCGCCAAGGAAGAGGGUUGGGGAUGCAGGAUAUGUGGCGCCGAGCUGGAGCUGGGCGAGCGUGGAAGCGCCAGUGCAGCCAGCUUUCAUAUUCAAUUUUGGUAAUGGACUUGUUGCGCUGGCUGAUGUCCGCGCCGCGGAAGUAGCGCUUGAGUCGGACUAUGCCUUUGGGUCAUGUCCAGUCUGCGCGAAAUGCAAGUUGCCUUUAUCUACGACAACAACGUCCCGCCUAUUCUGUUGGCGUUCUUCCAAAGGAGCGGACGGGCACCAUCUAUCAUGCGAGAUGUAA